AUGGAUAUACAACCUAUAGACAAUAUGAAUAACUUACAAGACGACCAGGCAUCGAGACCCAGAGAUCACUCUGCACGCUCUGCCAAUACCGCACCACAGCCGUUUGAGUCCAACCUCAAUCAAGAGGAAGCUCCGGCAUAUCGAGAUAACGCCGGUGGAGACAUUCAAAUGAAUGACCAGCCCCGACUCACCCCAGCAUCGGCCGCCGCUCUCAGUCAGAGCCGCUGGGCUACCGAGGAAGAUCAGGCUCCCAGACGCAACCGCCCUCCCGUUUUACCACGAAUCAACAGACGCCGAAGAGAUGGCAGAGCUGGAAACAACGCACCUAAUACCGCUGCCCUGAGUACCAGUGCGAACUGGAAUCUCGAAGCGCGUGGAUACCUGACCUACGAUAGCAGACGUGCAAUGGCUAUAAGGAAUGAAAACAUGAACGCGGCGCAGAACUCAGCUAUCAGUCUGGGUACCAACACCAUAAGAGCCACUACAACAGGCCCCCAAUCGCUUAUGGAUGUCCUAGAUCACAUGUCGUCUAUGGCUCCUCUGAUAGUACAGCCCACUGAUACCGCAAGAGUGUCCUUCCAGAUUGAUCACAGACGCCAGCACAUCCGGUCCGCCAACGAACCCUUAAGCCAAGCAGCUCACGUACGUCGCCAUAUAGCUCUCCGGGCCGCCCAACGUCGUGUGCAGCCUGAUUUACAGCCACAAGCACAGCAACUAGUACCUCGACACCCCACAGUCUUACCUCGAGAACACAACGCCAGGGAGCAACACCCUCCCCCCCAGCUCCAGCCCCGACUUCUAGUGUGCGCAAACUGCGACAUAGUGGGCCACGCCCUAAGAGAUUGCGUAACGCAUUGGACACCCGCAGGAGAUAUCCCGGGUUGUUACCGCUGCAACAGGAUGAAUCAUACUAUUGACACCUGCCGGAUCCAGCCGCCCAUAGACGACGCUACAAGAUACAACCUCGAAGUAGUCAACCGUGUUGGCCGACCACCUCUGAGAUCAACUCGAGGAUGGAACCAGCUCGCUAUAGCAAUGAACCAUUCAAUUCCCGGCCCGAUCAGCAGAAUGAAGAUGAUAUCGCUUCCACCUACUCAUUUUAACCGGUGGGAUUAUAACAUUUCUGCUCAGAAACAGAAGAAUAAGCUAGUCCUAGAUCCUGCUACCAGGGACCUCGACCAUAUUCAUGUCCUCCCCGACCAAGGCUACGUCCCUGAGAGACACCCCAACAAUAUGCGCGGUAGCAAUCAGACCGAUAACCAGCCGGAGAAUGUGUACAGAGCCACUCCUGCACAGGGACAUGUCACUGAUGACCACGACGCCGACGACGAUAUGGAACAGGAUAUUAUGAUGAUGUUCGAGGAAGAAUAA